ACUCAGAUAAAAUAUUACUCCUUAAUGGCGUAUGAACGUGAUUCCUGCCAAGGUUCUUACAGAUCAUUAUUAUCAUAUUUGGCAGAUGAUUUAACUCAAAAAAAUCUGAAACAUUUGAAAUUUCUUUUAAAAGGUGAUCUUGGUGCUGGUGAAAUUGAGAAAAUUAAUGAUACACUCAAAUACUUGGAGGUUCUUGAAAACAAAAGGUUAAUUUACAAGGAUGAAUUAAACUAUCUUAUUAAAGCUUUAAAUUCUAUUGGAAGAAAUGAUCUUGAAACAAAAGUCAAUGCGUUUGUACAUGAACAAAACAAAAAUGUGUCAAUUGGUGCUUCAGCAUAUGAUAAUGCAGGAACACAUAAAGAGAUAGAUCAACUAACACAAACUGUAGAUUUAAAAUUUAAUAUUAAUUCUAUUGAAAGAAAUAGUUUAGCUGAAAAAACAAAUGAACUUGAAAAUAAUAAAUCAGAAAAUAAGCCAGACAUUUUACUUAUGAACUUAAGUACAUCGUUAAAAAAGUUUUAUCUUAAACGUUAUGAGAAGAUUGAUGAACUACGACCACCAUUAACAUCACCAGAUUCAGUUAGCAUUUUAAAUAGAUUUGUUCAGUUGUGUGUGGUUGAUGCUGUUGAACUACAAUUGGAUGCUGUUUAUAUUCAUGAUAAAGAACAAUUGUUAAGAAAGCAAUCAAGUUAUAAACCAACUCCAUAUAAUGAAGUGUUUGAAAAUAAAGCAUCUUUGAUUUUAAUUUCAGGAAUAGCUGGUAUUGGUAAAACAUGGUUACUUAGAAAAUGUGUGCUUGAUUGGUCUAAUAAUUUACUUUUAAAAGAUAUUCAACUUUUGUUUUAUUUGGAAGCAAGAAGGUUUAUUCAGUAUCAAAAUAUCUCUACAAUAAAUGAAUUACUCAAGUUAUACUACAAAGAUGUUUUGAAUGAUUGUGAUAUCUGUAAUUAUUCCACCAUGUUGGUAAUAGAUGGAUUAGAUGAGUUUAUAUAUUUACAUGAAUUGUUAAAUAAUAGUUCUCAAAGUCAAUACUCCAUUGUGAAUGCAUUAUCAGAACUUAAAAACUAUAAAGCUAUUAUUUCUGGGAGGAUUAGAGAUAUUUCCCAAUACCAAAAUACACUUUUAGACUGUAACGAUAAAUUAAACGUUCAAGUCAUUGGAUUUAAUGAAGAGGGAAUAAAUGCUUACAUUGAAAAUAAUGUCAAAGAAAAAAAGGAUGAUGUAAAACGUGUUUUGAAAGAUUCUCCUAUUGCAAAGGCCAUGGCGUCUAUACCUUUUUAUUUAUCAUUAAUGUGCACAAUUAUUGCUAAUUUCACUCAAAGAAAUGAUUGUUCAUUCUUAACUAUGACAGAUUUGUAUGCUAGCAUUUUUUUUUACUUCUUGCAAAAACAUAUUAACAAAAACAACAAACCUGUUUAUAAAAUGAUGGAAGACGAGUCUAAUAAAAGAUUUGUUUUCGAUAUUUGUAAAGUUGCGUAUCAUCUGCUUAAUCAAAGCAAAAUUAUUUUUUCCAGUGAUGAAAUGAAAAGUUUAUUUGAUGAUUUCAACAAAGAUGAGGAUAGACUUUUUGGUUUCAUAGAAAAAAUUGAAACCAAUCUUGGUUGUCAUUAUCAGUUUGUACACUUGACAAUAAUGGAGUUCUGUGCUUCUGUAUAUGCAUACAAUAAUAUUAGCGGUAAAGUUAUUAUGGACAACAAUAUACUUAGAAACUGUUUACCAAUGAUCUGUGGGUUAUCAAACAAAAAUAAAAACAGUUUUUUGAAGUUCCUAACUGAUCUCGGUAAUACAAACCCUGAGCAAUUAACAUUAAGCAAUGUUUGUGAUAUUAUUCCAAAAGGACAUUCUAAUGAAUGUACGGUUCAGAUUAAAAUCGAGAUUAAUACCAAGAAUAAUAAAUUCUUUAUAACUAACACUCAGGAGUUAUUCAUUGAAUGUUUUUACGAAUCUCAAUCAUUAUUCACCGAUGAGAUAAAAGCAUCGAUUGUUGAAAGAGAUUGGAUCAUCUCGAUUGAAGAUGGAAAAACUUCUUAUCAAGUUUCUUGUGAUACAUAUUUUGUCAAUCUCAUAAACUCUGAUAAAAGAGUAAUACAUUUAUUUGUUCACAAAAAAUUAUUUUCUGAAGAAGAAAAGAAUCUCAUCAAGAAAUGUUCGACGAAGGCUGUAGAUAUAACUCUUUUUUAUCCAUGUGAAAUGGGUGAAUGGAAAUUGAGUAACAAAAUUAAACGUUUGACUAUAGAAUGUCGAAUGCAUCCAAUAUUAAAAAAUGAAUUUAAAAAUUUUGUUCCAUGGUUUAAUAUGUGUGAAGAAUUAAUUAUUUACCUUCAUGACGAAUCCAAAUAUCUUAGAAAAGUUUGGAAAUGGACUGGAAAUUUAAAUCUCCGUGUAUUUAUGAUAGCGUUUCGCGGAAGAAUAUGCCAUAGCAGAAAAGAAUUUAAAAAAAUUGCAAUUCAGAAAAAGUAAAUAUAUAUACAUAGUAUAUUUUUUAUUAUAAUGUAGUUUUAAAGUUUUGUAUAUAUUAAAAUGAUUUUUAAAGAAUGUGAAUUUG